AUGGACACAGAUAUGACCAGGCCAUCAAAUUCCUCAUCACUACCGAUGGUACCAGGCCCAGAGACUUUCUACCAAAUUCCCCCAAACUUCGAUCAGUCGAGAUCUUCAACCUCAAUUUCUACAUCACAAUUCCAAGGUCAAUUACUUUUACCCAGACAGGAUACCCUAAGCCCCGAAAAGGAACUAAAGAGCGAUAGAGUCAUGAAGGGAGUCAUUGGACUCAAUUUCCGCCCAGGAGUGGAAAUCGGAAAUGGAGAUAGAAAUUUAACUUCUGCGCCGAGUGUGAACCCAACUUCGACCUCCUAUUCAGAAAUUUCGAAGUCGAAUCAUUUCUAUGGAUUCUACUGGACUUGUUAUCAUGAGAUAGCCGAGAAAGCCACGGUCUUGGGUAGUAUGAGAGGUGUGGUAGAGAGUGCUGUUAAGGGACUGUGUAAGAAAAAGAAUUCGCUUGCGGAGAACAAGUGUGAAGAGUGUGGGCACUUGGUUUGUCGAGACUGUGAAAAGGUUGCCGAGUGCGAGUAG